UCGUUGAAAAACUGCACUCACAUGGACGAGUUCAACGUCGAGGGUAACGGAAUCAGCCAGCUGCCGGACGGCUUGCUGGCCAGUCUCAGCAAUUUGACGACCAUCACGCUGUCGCGCAAUGCGUUCCAUAGUUAUCCCUCCGGUGGGCCGGCCCAGUUCACCAACGUCACCAGCAUCAACAUGGAGCACAAUCAAAUCGACAAGAUCCAGUACGGUAUUUUCUCGCGUGCCAAAGGGCUUACCAAGCUGAACAUGAAGGAGAAUGCGUUGACGUCCCUGCCGUUGGACAUCGGGACUUGGACGCAGAUGGUAGAGCUCAACUUCGGUACCAAUUCGCUAACGAAGCUCCCGGAUGACAUUCACUGCCUGCAGAACCUUGAAAUCCUAAUCCUGUCCAACAACGUGCUGAAACGAAUCCCCAAUACGAUUGGAAACCUUAAGAAGCUCCGAGUGCUAGACCUGGAAGAGAACCGACUGGAAUCGCUUCCUUCGGAGAUUGGCCUACUGCACGAUCUUCAAAAGCUUAUCCUUCAAUCGAACCAACUGACUUCCCUGCCUCGAACCAUCGGGCACCUAACGAACCUCACGUACCUGUCCGUCGGCGAGAACAACCUCCAGUUCCUGCCGGAAGAAAUUGGCACGCUUGAAAACCUCGAGUCGCUCUACAUCAACGACAACGCCUCGCUGGUGAAACUCCCGUACGAACUAGCCCUGUGCCAAAAUCUGGCUAUCAUGAGCAUCGAAAACUGUCCCCUGUCGGCACUGCCACCGGAAGUGGUCAGCGGAGGUCCGAGCCUGGUGAUACAGUACCUAAAGCUCCAUUCGCCGUACCGACAGAUGUGAUUUGUUCCCGGGGCGUAAACUGGAGCAGGCGAAACUGUGUUGUAUACAAAUUUGGUUGUUUUCUCUGCGAUUUGGUUAGUUGGUUGGUUGGUUAGACAUUUCGGGCUGAAAGCCCGAGUGGCGGCAAUUUGUUUGACCUUGUGCAUGCUGAACAUGGGAGGAGGACGGAAGUUUGAAGGACUCGACAGGAGAUAUGAAGCGAUGCAUGCGAAGCAUGUUGGCAAAGGAUGUCUGACCUACACGAAAAGUGGCGGCAUUCCAUUACGAGCGUGCACCACUCGUAGGUGACGACAGACACGGGAAACACAAACGCGAAAAGUGUUUUCGUAAUUGUUUUUAUUUUUCGAACGAAGCAGUGGAAGGCAGUUGGUAAGAAACAACAAAUUAAUGUGAUUGAAAUAAAGCUUUAAUAAUAUUGCUAUUUAAAGAAGGCAAAUAAGCAAAAACACUAACUAAUAUGGAGAACAAAGAAAAAUGUCGCAAAAAAAGCAACAUUGUACAGAAGAUAAAUGAAAUCCGUUAAACUUAAGCUGAAUCUGAUUUGUAAAACGACGUUGGUGUACAUCAAUACAUGGGAAGAUUUGAACGCAAACGGUAGAACGUGGCAGCGGAGAUCGGCAGUUAUACAGCGUCGUCAUAAGCAGCAGAUUAAUGUUUCCUUUAUUACUGAAACUAUACAUCAAUGACGAUGCCGGUAGCACCAGGGAUCACUGACGCGAGCCGAUCCAAGGGCGGACCACCCGUUCUCGUGAACGAACAAGCGAAAGGAGGUAUCAAAUUACGCUCCCAUAUUCUCCCGGCAGUAGUCACCACACAAGCCGAUCUUCACCCACAUUCUUUUUGCCAAAAACUUACUACACACUGCGCGAAGCGAAGCGAACGGACACAUCCAGAAAAAAAAGGAUAGGGGUAAUAACGUGAAAACGCAGGAAAAAGUCCUGCACAGAACCGCAAAAUCGGCACUUGCUUUUUUUGGUGAAAUUUGAUCUCAUGUUUUCGCACAGAACUGGAUUAUGUUUCCUUCCCUUUCAAAACAGGAAGGUUUAAAAAAAAGGGUGGUCUCAUCAGCUAUCAAUUUUGUUAACAUGUUGCAAUCUAACGAACGAACACUCGAUUUCAACUGGCAAUCAGUUUUUAACUUUGUCUAUUUGUCUUGUAGGAGGUAUCUGUAGUAGAGGUACAUAACUUUCCGUUUUGAAACCAGUGAUAACGAUCAUCAUGUAUCGAAAUGCUCUAUAUACAAUAUGCAUGUUAGGUUUAUACGAUCCGUUAAAAUGUAUAGGAAAUCCGUUAGCAGCAACUAUAAUGUACAAUCAACAUGUAGGUAUGCAUGAUUGUUUCCUAUUUAGUUGAGUCUUUUAUCCACUAGGUAAUAUACUUUUACAUCGCAAAGGUGCUCAAUUUUUUCGCUUGAUUUUUUGAAACUUUAUUUUGCGUAGCUCAUGUUUAUCUGAUUUUAGUAAAAUCAAUUGCAACGAAAAUAAAUUUGGUAUUCUUAUCGCCAUUUUCAACUGAAAAUAUCCAUGCAUUACAGUUCGGCUUACUUAUUCCUUAAAACGAGAUCAAUCCGAUAAGUUUCGCUCUACUGGACUCAUAGAAUAAGUAUCGGAAAUCGUGAAUACAU